GUCCAUAGCGAGCAAGCAUCAUGGUCCGCUCGUACAUGCGCCAUGGGCCUACACAGGCCUUUGGUGUUAUCUGCUCCCCAACGGCCAACAGCAGCUACGACGGGCGCCUGGCCUACGUCGCAGGCUGGGAGGACGUUCUCGUCUGGGAUGUGAAGCGCGGCGAGCUUGCCUCAAUGUGGCAUGCGACCGGCGUCACCUCUCCCAUCACUUACCUUACUCCCGCUCCGGCGCCGGAAGAAUCGACCUCGAGCACUGCCCGGACGUUCGCCGUCAGCUACACGGACGGAAGUAUCCGCCUGUGGUCAUGGGAUCCCGAGACGCCCGGUGUUGAGGCCGUUGAGGUCGUCACGUUCAACGGACAUAAGAAGGGUAUCUCGACCUUGGCAUGGGAUGUAGACGGCGGACGUCUCGCGUCAGGCGGCAGCGAGGGGGAGGUUGUCGUCUGGGACCGCGUUGCUGAGGUUGGCUUGUUCCGACUUCGUGGACACCGCGGGCCUGUCACGAGUAUCCACUUCAUCCCUCACCCAACCCUUGGCGCAACUCAGCACGCCGGGUACCUCGUAACUACGUCGCGCGACACUUACCUCAAGCUCUGGGACCUGAGUACCCAGCACUGCGUGCAGACUGUCGUCGUGGGCCGAAGCGAGGUCUGGUCUUGCGCUGUCAAGGAUGACUCGGAGGACGCAGAGGAAGGAGAGGGACGAUGGCUCAUCCUCACCGGCAGCGGGGACGGUGAGGUGCGCGCGUGGACAGUGGACAAGGCGGCGCUGGCCGACGGACUCAAGGAGAAGGAGAAUGGCGAGCUUCCCAAGCUUGUGCUUCCGCUCUGCACCGUACCAUUGCCCGCAUCUACGAACCCGGUUUCACAGCUCGCGUUCCACUCCACGCUCCCCGUAAUCCUGGCCCAGACAUCGGAUCGCACGACGGCAGUCCUGCGGCUCCGGUCAGAAGAGGAGGUUGCGGCGAAGCGCGCACGGAGGAAGAAGCGAGAGCGCGAGAAGAGCAAGAAGAAGGGCGUGGACGCCGAGGAGGAAGAGGCGAACGACGCCCCGAUCGCUUGGGAGGAUCGCGUGACGACUUGGUGCGUGGUGAAGGCCAACGCCAAGGUCAAGUCGUUCUCACUCGGCGAGGACGGUCCCAAGGCUAUGUCUCUCCUCCUGGCGCUCGCGAACAACUCGCUGGAGGCCUUCAGCGUGCCCUCGCCCCAGGGCGCAAAGAAGAGCAAGCUUUCCGACGGGAGCGCACCUGAGCCCGCCAAGGUCUACUCUGUCGAGCUGGCGGGACACCGGCAGGACGUGCGCGCGCUCGCGGUGAGCAGCGACGACCAGAUUCUGGCCUCGGCCGCCAACGGCACGCUCAAAGUGUGGAACAUGCGCUCGACAGCGUGCCUGCGCACCAUGGAGUGUGGCUACGCACUUUGUUGUACGUUUCUGCCACAUGACCGCCAUGUCGUGGUCGGCACCAAGGCCGGCGAGCUGCUGCUCUACGAUGUGGCGGCGGCCGUCCUGCUCCAGCGGUACGAAGCGCACAAGGGCCCCGUGUGGGCCGUGCACGUCCGCCCUGAUGGCCGCGGACUCGUCUCCGGUAGCGCCGACAAGGACGUCAAGUUCUGGAACUUCGAAAUGCGUGAGGAGGCUGAGGGCGAGCGUGUUGUUAGCCGCCUUGGAGUGGAGACUAUCUACAAGAAGAAGGUGGUCACGCUGGUGCACGUCAAAACGCUCAAGAUGACGGACGAUGUGCUGGCCGUCAAGUACAGCCCCGAUGGGAGGUUGCUGGCGAUCUCGCUCCUGGACUCGACAGUCAAGAUCUUCUUCGCGGACACGCUCAAGUUCUUCCUCUCGCUGUACGGGCAUAAGCUUCCCGUGUUGGCACUGGACAUCAGCAGCGACUCAAAGCUGAUCGUCACGUGCUCGGCGGACAAGAACGUCAAGAUCUGGGGCCUGGACUUCGGUGACUGUCACCGCUCGCUGUUUGCGCACGAUGACAGCGUCAUGUCGGUCGCAUUUGAGAAGAACUCGCACUUCUUCUGGAGCGUCGGCAAGGACCGCGUGCUCAAGUACUGGGAUGGCGACAAGUUUGAACUUAUCCAGAAGCUUGAGGGGCAUCAGGGCGAGAUCUGGGCGCUGGCUGUGAGCCACCAGGGGGCGUAUGUUGUGACGGGCUCGCACGACAAGAGCAUCCGCAUCUGGGAGAAGACGGACGAGCCGCUGUUCCUUGAUGAGGAGCGAGAGCGGGAGCUCGAGGCUGCACACGAUGCCGCGCUCGUCGACUCUAUGAACCGCCUCGAUGCGGAGGACGGGGAUGGUGAGGCCGAGGUCGAGGCCGUGCAGAAGCAGACAGCCGAGACGCUCAUGGCCGGCGAGCGGAUCAUGGACGCGAUCAACCUCGCGGACCUCGACCGCGAGGCGAGGGAGGAAUAUGAGGCGGAGAAGCGCCGCCUCGGUGACGCGGGCAACAGCCUCCGACCGCCAGAGAAGCACGCUGAACUUGCGGCGCGCGGCGUCGAGGCUGAUGAGCAUGUGUACAACACACUCGCGUCCAUCCCUGCCGCACAUAUGGAAGACGCGCUUCUUGUCCUCCCCUUCAAGCAGGUCACAUCCCUGCUGACGUACCUUGAUGCGUGGGCGGUUGCCGACCGCGACAUCAUACUCACAGCGCGCCUCCUCCACUUCCUCGUCCGGACCCACCACUCGCAGAUUGUCGCGAACCGCGUCAUGCGUGCGCGGCUCGUGUCGUUGCGAACACACGUCCGAUCUGCGCUCGGCCGGCAUCGGCAGCAGAUGGGAUACAACCUCGCCGCGCUCCGAUUCCUGCGCACCCGAUGGGAGGGCGAACACACGGCCGGGCUUCUCGAGGAGGAGGGAAUGGACGAGGAGGCAGUGCGGAGGCGACUUGAGGAGAGCAGAACGAAGAGGAAGCGCGUGGCGGUUGUGUGAUAGACUGGCAUGCACUUCUGUUGGGC